AUGGCUGAACGUGGAGGUUUUCGAGGCGGAUUUGGUAGUGGCGAUCGAGGUGGUAUUUCAUUUCAUGGUGUUACACUGCUUGCUCGAUCUGAUAAAGUUUUUGAUGGAAUUUUACAUCCGCUGUCUUUCCUAAAUAAGGGUAGAGGUGGUCGUGGUGGUGUUGAACGAAGUCGUGGUCGUGGUCGUGGUCGAGGUGGACGUGAUGGAAGAAGUGGAAAAGAAGGUGAUAAAGAAUGGGUCCCGGUAACAAAGCUGGGACGUUUGGUCAAAGGUCGAAAAAUCAUUUCACUUGAAGAAAUUUAUUUGAACUCGUUACCAAUCAAAGAAUAUGAAAUUAUCGACAUGUUGCUGUCUAAUUUAAAGGAUGAAGUAUUGAAAAUAAUGCCAGUGCAGAAACAAACCCGUGCUGGACAACGUACACGGUUCAAGGCCUUCGUUGCUAUUGGAGACCACAAUGGACAUGUAGGGUUGGGGGUGAAGUGUUCAAAAGAAGUAGCAACAGCUAUUCGUGGUGCGAUCAUUGCAGCAAAGUUAUCAGUGAUCCCCGUACGGCGUGGAUAUUGGGGUAACAAAAUCGGCCAACCGCAUACCGUCCCUUGCAAGGUCACUGGAAAAUGUGGUUCAGUACUAGUGCGCCUUAUUCCUGCUCCCAGGGGCACUGGUAUUGUAUCAGCACCUGUGCCAAAAAAACUGCUUCAGAUGGCUGGCGUGGAAGAUUGUUACACGUCCGCUGUUGGACAAACUGCUACGCUGGGAAAUUUUGCGAAAGCAACAUAUGCAGCGAUUCAACGUACCUAUUCAUAUUUAACGCCUGAUUUGUGGAAGGAGCAAUCUUUAGAAAAGACCCCAUAUCAACGUUAUUGGGAAUUCCUUGCGCAAAGCGCACCCAUUCGAGUUUGA